CCUAAACUGGGGAAGCUGUACACAGCAAAUUUCAAUGCCAAGGACACAGCAAAGCAAGACGAGGGGGGUUCAGCUUCAAAAAUAAAAGGAGGUGCGCAAGAGAAUUAAAGCUCAGCACGGAUAAAAAAACAGCACCAAAAUCCACAGAUGGAUGAAGCUGACUCUCUUCAUGGCAGGAGGAAGGAGGAAACUCUUCUGAAAAUGUUGACUGAAACUUUUCAGGGGCUAGAAGCUGUCAGGCACUGCAGAGAUCAUCAUAAUGAGACAGUGGGAGGAAUAAAAAGCACAGGAGAAGAAGCAGGUAGAGGAGGAGGAGGAGGAGGAGAGAGGAUGCACAGUCCAGGAGGGAAAUAUGAGGGAAAACAAGCAAAAACCCCAAAAGAAGAGCAGGACGAGGAAGAGUGCAAGAAAAAAGUGGUGGGAUUGCUGAGGGAGCUGAGUGUUUUUCAUUCAGAAAGAGUGACAGCAUGGAGAGAUGUUUUGGGAGAAUUCAUCCACAUAUUCAACAAACCUCCACCAGGGGGCAGUGAGGAGCUACAGCCAUCUUCUACUGGUCAAGAAUGUGAAGUCCCUCUAAGUUCAGACACCUUCACUGAUAGUUUUCUGAGGGUUGAGGAGGACAUAAAGAAGAUUAUGGACAUUCUUAACUCAAUCACAAGUAAGCUGGACAAAGAAAUUCUCAUAUUGUCUUCCCAGAAAGCUUCCACUGAGGAUUCGGCAUUUCAAGAGACCAGAGGUCCACAAGGAUCAGAGCAACUUGAAGAUGACAAAAAUUACUCCCAUGAUGCUCUAGAAUUUGACUCUGGGCAAAAACAAGACAUUGAAGUUGGAGAUGAUCAAAGGAAUACAAAGCCAUCGCCAGACACUGUGGAAAAAACAGAUGAAAGGUUCUACAAGUCUGACUGCAACACAGAGGAAGAGAAAGAUAGAGAACAAGCUGUCAAAAGUCAAGGGAGUUAUAAUGAGGACUGUUUGCCUGCAGAUAGUCAGACUGAUUUCCAGGAGGAGACAAAGAAUGAUUUAAAUAUGGUAAAAGAAAAGGGAAAAGAAGAGACAAACAACAAAUGGGUCACAGUUGGGCUGACCGGUCAACAUGAGGACACCCAUUCAGAUGUCCAAGACGCAUGCUUCAUCAAAGCACCUAUGGGUGUGGCUGAGCUCCUAAGAUGUGAGGUGGCCAACGCCUUAAGCGGCCUGAUGGUGACCGGUUCAGAGGAGCUGGUCAGCAGAGUAAUUAGGGUUGAAGUUCAGAAUGGUGCUCACUUUCACUUCCCUGUGACUUUGGUCGUACCUUUCUGUGCACGUUAUCGCGGCAACUACAGGGAUGUUGCUGUGAAAGUGGUCAACGGGGAGAGGAGGGUGAGCUACGUCACUCCUGUAACGACAGAGGGAACAUAUGGAGGACAAAGGGGCUCAUUUGCAGAAGUGAGGGUGUACUCUCUGGGCCUGUUUGCGGUAGUUUCCUGUCUUAAAAUAGAAAAUUACACUGUGCCAACAAAGGGAGUGUCACUCAAGCUUCCUAUGGACCACCGAAUCUGUCUGAACUACCUCCCAGGGUCCUUCACUGCCCCAAUAAUGGCACAAACAAUGAUCCAGCCCAUAGACGCUGUCCUUCUGGCUGCUGUCAAGUCCAGAAGUGAUGUCUUUCACUCUGUAGUGUCUACGAGUCCACUACUCUACCUCACCCACCCCUCCUCACUGCCUCUAAGAAGACCCCUCACGUUCAACCUUCCUUGUCCUCCAAACCCUGAGAAAAAGAGGCACAGAAGAGUUCAAGAGGAGGAUCAAGAUCACCAAAUUUGGCCUGUUAGUGCUUCUCCUACAUGGGAUCAACCUGCUUCCCAAAGAGGGAGAAUCCUGGCUGCCUCUGUGAAGUCUAAGGAGAUGUCGGAUGAGCCGCUGGUUGUUCUGGGUUCAAGAGACAAACAGUGGAGUGUCCUGGACAAAGUCCCGGUCAGGAACCAGCAGAACGGACUGGUGUCGUUUGAGCUAAUGGAGAACUUCGACAAACUGCUGGUGGUUCGCCUCCUCUCUCAGCUGCAGCCCUGUCACCUCAUCUCCCUGGCAGAGGAACUGGAGGAGUCGGUCUGCUGCCACACAGUCACCAUCAUCCUGCAGCGUAAACUGGACGAGCCCCACACAGUCCUGGUCGCUGCCCUGCCCAGCAGAGACCUCAACUGGGAGCUGUCAAAACUCAAAGCCCAGGGCUACAGCAGCCUGCCAGAGGUUUCUUCUGAGAGCUGCAUGUGUGAAGGAGACCAGCUUCUGCUCAGUUUUAGUGGCAACAUCACCUCCAAAGGAACUCAAAAACACCAGCAGCGACUCACCUUCCACAGUCAGCAGAAGAAUCACCUCUUGCUUCAUCUGACUGAAGUGGACCAGUUUGGGAACUACAGCUCCCCUCACUAUAAAGGCACAGCUGUGUUUUAUAAAGUCACCAGAGGUCAGCUGGAGUGGCAGGGAGACAAACCGGUCCAGAUUGACACAAAGGUCCUGGGAGAGCCCAUCUGUAAGCUGUCUUUGACUUUACCCAAGAAAGUUAGAACCAUCAAUCGGCCAAUCAUGGCUAGGGCGAAGUUGUGUGAGGAGGCAGCAGACUCCCUGUCAGACUCUCUUCUUCUCUGGCUCUCGGGGGAGCUGUCAGAGGAGGAAGUCGCUCUUCUGGUGCUCUCCCUGCGUCUCCGUCGUAGCGCUGCCCAGCUGGUGAAGCUCCGGGCCGGGGACAGUCUGUCCAGCCAAGCCUUUCACGUCCUCGCCAUGUGGAGGAGAGGGCUGCCCGCUGCCACGCACCAACCCAAGGCCUCUCAGCUGGCUCACUGCUUAGCCAAAAGUGGGAGGCCAGACCUGGCCCGAGAGCUGCUGCUGAGACAGUCUGGAGCCUCCAGACAAAGUUUACAGAAACAAGGAAGCUUAAAAAGUAGAAAUAACACCCCUUUUUGACUGCUGUAUUUAUUUAAGAGUACGUGUGCCUGUUAAAUAAAAACAGCUGGUAGUGUUGUGUUUGAUCCACAAGGGGUCAGCAUUGGACUUUGAGAUUAAGUGCUCUGUUACAGAACUGAGUCGUUAACAUCUGAAUCAUGGCACUCAAUUUAAAAAUUUUCAAGGGCCAUGAGACUUAAAAUUAACCUUUUUUAAAAUUAAAAGAAAAUAACUAGAAGAAAAAAAAUGAAGAAUUACGCAUUUUCUUUAAUUAUCAUGUUUUCUUUCAUUUAUUUCUCAGACAAUCAAAGUUAAAAUACUGGAAAAAAUAUGUUAAGUCAUUUGAAAGCAACACUUUACCUCAUGUGACGUUAGUUAUAAUAUAAAAAAAAUCUUGGUCAUACAAAACGUGCUUCUAUGUAGUGAAAAUGCCUCUAAAUGACUUUAAACCUUGUAGGUUUCUUCAGGUAAUUUUUACAAUAAACGUCAAAAGUUU